AUGGAACCACAAGCCGACGCGGUAUUCAUCGGCGGUGUCGGCAAUGCUGGAAACGAGAUGAGUACCGUCGGAGUUCCAGCACUUGGCGUUUCUUCUCAAACUGAAAUUAAAGUUGAAAAGGUCCAGCACACGUGGACAGUCAAGAAUUUCUCACAUUGUUAUCAGGAGUAUCUCGAAAAUUUUGUUUAUCUUCAACGAGGAGAUGAGCAACUGACAUGGUCAAUUAAAAUUUAUCCGAAAGGAAAUGGGGAAAACAAUAAGGAUUUUGUAUUUUUAUGUCUGAAUCGGGUGAUUAAUAAUAAUGUGAAAGCUGGGAAGAUCGGAUUCAAAUCACAAUUCAAACUCAGAACAGCUGAGAACAAAGACAUCGAGAUGAGAAUUCAUCCCAAUCCGUCACAUUCUGAUUAUGUGUCAUACAUCAAACGUGACGUUCUUUUCCCUCAAAUAAUGCCCCGUGACAUGAUAAUUGUGAACGUUGAAAUCGAUGUUGCCGUUGAGACGAUUACAACAACAAAUGAGCCGAUUCAAUUUGAACCAGUAAAUACGGAAUUACAAUUGGUUGAAGAUUACCAACGAUUAUUCAGCCAGGAGUUGCUAACCGAUUUUGAAAUAAACAUUAAUGGAAAAAUUAUUCGAGCUCACAAAGCAGUUCUCGCUGCUCGAUCACCAGUUUUCAAUGCAAUGCUCACACACCAAGAUACGGAUGAAUCUAGAUCGUCAACACUGUAUAUAAAGGAUAUGGAUUAUGAUGUUAUCUACGAGAUGGUGUACUAUAUUUACUGUGGACGUUGCCAAAAAGACAUCACCGAUAUGGCUACUGCUCUUCUUAUUGCUGCUGAUAAGUAUCGGUUAGAAGAGUUGAAAAGUCAUUGUGAGAAGUACUUGGUCGAGAAUAUCAAUAUUGAAAAUGCAUGCAGUCUUUUGAUUAUUGGCGAUCUUUACACGGCACCGAAGUUGAGGAGACGAUCAGUUCAAUUCAUCUUGGCACGACCUAAGAUGGUGACUGGAACCCAAGGAUGGGAUGACAUUCUCAAGUGCCAUCCAAAUUUGAUAACAGAUAUCUUCAGUCAAAUCGACAGACAGUCAUCAACUGGUGCCACGUCUUCCGUUUCAACUCUUCCUGGAAUUCCCAUGGAAAUUCCUGGACUUCCUGGAAACUUGGGUCCACCACCAUCUGGAUUGUAA